UUUAAAUCUAACCCGCGUAGAGAAGCAGCCCAAGCUAAACGUGAGCGGACGUCUUCUGGUCCUCUGUCUGGGGAAUAAAACACGUCUUCUGGGGAAUAAAACACGCCAGGAAAAUGAUGGAGUCGUGUUUUGUUGGGAAUCCGGUGAGAGUCGGACAGAUUCUGGUGGACGACAUCAAGAGAGAUCUGCUGGGGGAGUUCACUGCUUCACCUGCACAGGACGUCGUUCAGUCUGAGAACCUUCAGGUUUAUCUGAGGAUUCGACCGUACACUGCAGCGGAGAACUUCAACCUCACCAGGGAGUCACAGGACUGUGUGACCAUCGAGGGACCCAACACUGUGGUCCUGACGGCUCCCAGGAGCUGUCAAUCAAACCGGCAGAGCGACAAGUCCCUCCCACAAACUGCACAGAGGUUCACCUUCACACAGGUGUUUGAUCCGGAGGCCAGCCAGAAGAAGGUUUUUGAGGGUUCAGUUCGUGGUUUGGUCCGUGAUGUUCUAACUGGAGGAAACUGUCUGGUGUUCACGUACGGAGUCACCAAUGCUGGAAAAACCUUCACAUUCCUGGGUCCGGAACAUGACUCUGGUCUGUUGCCCAGGUCUCUGUCAGUGAUCUUUAACAGUAUUGACGGCCGUCUGUACGGUCGGUCUGAUCUGAAGCCGCAUCGCUGCAGAGACUUCAGCAGACUGACUCCAGACCAGCAGGCAGCCGAGUCCAGCAGCAAGAGGAGCCUGCUGAGGCUGUUUAAGGAGAGCGACAGAAGUCAGACGAGUGGCAGAUCAACUUUUCUUGACGGCUCCUCUGACAGCAGCAUGAGCAGCGUCUCUGAGCUCGACAGCUUUUGUCUGGACGUCCAAUCAAGCGUCCGCUUCUCCGUCUGGGUUUCAUUCUGUGAGAUUUAUAACGACAACAUCCACGACCUGCUGGAGCAGGUUCCCAGUGGACACCACAAGAGGACGGUGCUGCGCCUGUCUCAGGACGUUAAAGGAAACUCCUUCAUCAAAGACCUACGCUGGCUCCAGGUCAGCAGCUCUGACGAGGCCUACAGAGUGAUGAAGAUUGGGAGGAAGAACCAGAGCUUCUCUUCCACCAGACUGAACCACCAGUCCAGCAGGAGCCACAGCAUCUUCUCCAUCAGGGUCCUCCGAGUGGAGGACGUUGGUGUUCCCAGAGUCCUCGGCAUCAGCGAGUUGUCCCUGUGCGACCUGGCCGGGUCGGAGCGCUGCUCCCGGACCCUCAACACCGGGGACCGGCUGAAGGAGGCCGGGAACAUCAACAGCUCGCUGCUGACGCUCGGGAAGUGCAUCAACGCCAUGAGACUGAACCAGCACGCCAAGAUCCAGCAUCAUGUGCCCUUCAGGGAGUCCAAGCUCACCCACUUCCUGCAGUUCUUCUUCUGUGGUGGCGGCCGCGUCUCCAUGGUGGUCAACAUCAACAGGAACCCGUCGAGCUUCGACGAGACGCUCAACGUGCUCAAGUUCUCCGCCCUCGCCCAAAAGGUGGUGGUGGUGAGCUCCAGGCCCGUGGACGACGCCCUCUUAUCUUCGGCCAUGGAGCUGUCGCUGAUCAUUGAGGACGCCGGCCGACGAAGAAAUGUGUCGGGGCGCCGCAGGAAGAGCUCGCUGGUCGCCUGGGAGACCACCCUGGAGGACGUGCUGGAGGACGGGGUGGAGGCGGAUGAGGAUGAGGAGGAGGAGGAGGAGGAGAGUGUGAUGGAAGGGACGGUGCUGGAGGCCGGAUGUGAAGAGGAGGAGGAGGAGGAGGAGGAGGAGGAAGAAGAGACGCAGUCAGACAGACAGGCGGAGCUGCGUUUGCUCCUGGAGGCUCAGAUCAGAGAGGAAGUCAGCUCUGAGUUCAUGGAGCUCUUUAACAAGAUGGAGAAAGACUACAGCGAGCGUCUGGAGAAGGAGAGGGAGAUCCUGGAGGAACGAGCGGAGAAGAGAGUAGAGAUCCUGAAGAACUUGGUCAGCAGGACGGUGGACCACAAGGUGGAGGAGCAGGAGGACCUGAUGGAGGUCUUCAGCUCAGUGACCGAAGACCUGGAGAAGAUCAGAGAGGACGCGCAGAGUGUUCACCGCUGUCUGACUGAACACACACAAACUGCGGAGCUGGAGGCGCUGCGAUUGGAGCAGCAGAGGUCACAUGUCCAACUGCAGGAGGCCAAAGAGAGUCUAAAUCAGCAGCAACUCAAGUUAUCAGAGCUGAUGGAGAUCAAUCGGCAGAAAGACGACGUCAUCGACCGGCUGCAGAACGUAAACACGGCUCUGGUGGAGGUGAAGGAGGAGAACAGAAAGCGCCAGCAUGGAGCUCAGGAGGAGGAAGAGGAGAGAAGACCGGCAAAGAAGAGAGUGCUGGAGGAGGAGAUCUGGAGGUUGCAGGAGGAAAAUGAUCAGAAGGAGGAAACCAUUCUAGAGCUGAGAGAGAGGGAGGAGAGGAAGAGGGGCCAGGAGGAGGAGCUGAGAGAGAGGGAGGAGAGGAAGAGGGGCCAGGAAGAGGAGCUGAGAGAGAGGGAGGAGGAGGUGGAGGCUCUGAAAAAGGAGCAGGUUGUUCUGGAGCAGAAGUUGCAGGAGUUGACAGAUCUCGAGUGUCCAAACUGUGCGUCUGUGUUUUCGUCUCUGGAGUCGGAGCAGAGAGAAACUUCCAGACUGAUGAAGGAGAACAAAGCUCUGGUUAACGGCAUCUUCCAGCUCCAGACGGAGGUGACCGGUCUCCAGACGAAGGUCGAGGAGCAGACUGACCUAUUGCAGCAGCUGAACGUUGCAAAGACUCGCCUCCAGGACCUGGAGAGCCAAUCGGAGGAGAAGGCCGACAGCAUCAACAGUCUGACUCAAGAAGUGGAGCGUCUGAAGCAGGAAGUCAAGGAGGAGGAGGGGCGGAGCAGCAGCAGCAGCAGCGGUGUCUUCCAUGCCGCUAUGGAGGAGCUGAUGAAGGAGAGCCAGGCAGCGCUGGAGAGAUCCUCUCAGAAAUCCCAACAGAUCCAAGAUCUGCAGAGCGGCAAAAGCGAGCUGGAGGAAUCUGUGAAGCACAGCGAAAACCGGUGUGUUGAACUCAGGGAGGAGUUAGCCAAUCAGAAAGCAGCAUUCACCAGUCAGCUUCAGAGCCUGAAGGAGGAGCUUGAGUCUGAGGGCGGAGCUCUGCGAGGGAGACUGGAAGAGAUGGAGAGAUCAGAGGAGGAAAGGAGGAGGAAUCAGGAGGAGAAGGAAGAGCUUCAUCGAGUCGUGUCAGAAAAGGAGAAGCUUGUAGAAGAAUGUCGCCGUCAGACGGACACGCUGAGGAAAGAGCUGGAGUGUCUGAGGGAAGACCUGCAGAGGAGGGAGGAGGAGGAGGAGGAGAAGAAGGAGGAGGAGGAGGAGGAGAAGGAGGAGGAGAACACAGAGGUGGAGGUGCCGGUGGUGGAGGAGCUGAAGGAGGUGAUCCAGAGACUCCAGGAGAGAAGAGGGAGGCAGCAGCAGCAGCAGCAGCAGGAGGAGGAGGAGGGAAGGAGCAGGGAGUUUGAGGCUGUGAGGAAAGAGAUGGAGAGACUGAAGGAGGGGAAAACUCUGAGGUGUGGUGUUCGUGUCCAUCUCCCAGAGCAGGACGUUGAUGUGUCUCCUCUGAGGUCCGACAGGAAGAAAACCCCCAAAACUACAGGGAGGAAGAGGAAGAGUUGCGAGGUGCAGGACCUGGUGUUCAGUGAGAACAAGAGAAACAAACUGAGAGGAAACAAACAGUCUUCUGUGGUGAAGGAGAAGAGAGACGGCACUCUCCUGAAGAUCGGAGAGUUGAUCCACAGCUCUCCCUCCAUCCUGGGCAGCAAAGCUAAAACCAUCAUCGGCCUCAUCAGUGGCCAAUCAGUGGACAAGAAGACGGUUACCGUGACAACCAAACCAAAACGAGGACGACGAAAGCUUUAUAAGACGAACGCCUUGUCUCCGCUGCGCGACUCCCCCACCACGAUGGCGGGAGGAGCAAAGGAGGAGAAGGAGAGCGAUCACCUGAUCAUUAAGAGACAGCUGCGCUCCAAGACAUGCAGGAAAUGACCUCAUCACGUGACAACACUACGCUGGUCUGCAGGCGGUGUUAAAAUAAUUAAAUCUGUCUCACUGUUUUUAAAUAUUUGUACAGUUUUUUUUUUUCUUAGUUUUAUUGCUGAAGAGGACAACGCCCCUUUUCACAAAAUAAAUCAAAUCAAAAUGUU